CGUUUUAACUGUCCACUAAGGUUCUCUUCCCCACUUCUCCAAGAAGACUCUCUCUCUCUCUCUCUCUCUCUACCUCUUCCUCUCGAGCAAUUUUUCUGGACGCAGAGUCGCUCAAGACUCGCCCACCUUCGAUCCCUUCUCAUCUUGGUUUAUGAGCUCGAAGGAGAAACCCACUCUCGGUGGCACGCGGAUUAAGACCCGCAAACGGAACAUUGCAGCUCCACUGGACCCUGCAGCAUUUGCUGAUGCAGUGGUCCAGAUUUAUCUUGAUAAUGCUGGUGAUCUGGAACAUAUUGCAAAGAGUAUUGAAGCUUCAGAUCUCAACUUCUCAAGAUAUGGUGACACCUUUUUUGAGGUUGUUUUCACAGGAGGGCGUACACAGCCUGGCACUACUAAACCUGAUGAAGGGGAGCGCCACCCUUACUCUAUUCUAGACUGUGAGAGCAAGCGUGAAGCAAUACUGCCAUCUGUUAUCUACAUACAGAAAAUUUUGCGGCGGAGGCCAUUUCUCAUCAAGAAUCUCGAAAAUGUUAUGCAAAAACUCGUACAAUCAAUGGAGUUUCUUGAAGAAGAUGAAAGGAAGAAACUGGCAAUUUUUACAGCACUUGCGUUUACCCAGAAACUAUCUGGGCUUCCACCGGAGACUGUAUUUGAGCCCCUGCUCAAGGAUAAUCUUGUGGCAAAAGGGCUAGUUCUCUCAUUUGUAACUGAUUUUUUUAAGGAAUAUCUGGUUGAUAACAGCCUUGAUGAUCUGAUUGCAAUCCUGAAGCGUGGAAAGGUGGAGGAUGAUCUUUUGAAAUUUUUCCCAUCAAAUAGGCGCUCUGCUGAAGCUUUCUCUGAGCAUUUCACCAAGGAAGGGCUUGUACCCUUGGUGGAAUACAAUGAGAAGAAAUUAUUUGAUGGGAGACUGAAGGAGAUGAAAGCUGCUCUGACUUCUCAGAUUGAAGAGGAAAAUGAUAUAUCUGAAGUGAUAGACACUGUGAAGCAGCGCCUUAAGGAUGCCAAAUUACCUGACAUUGAGGUCGUGCGGAUGCUAUGGGAUGUCAUUAUGGAUGCUGUUCAGUGGUCUGCAAAGAAUCAGCAGCAGAAUGCUAAUGCAGCUCUGCGUCAGGUCAAAACAUGGGCUGGGCUUUUAAAUACCUUCUGUACAAGUGGGAAACUUCAGCUGGAGCUCAUCUACAAAGUCCAAAUGCAAUGCUAUGAGGAUGCUAAGCUGAUGAAGUUGUUUCCUGAAAUUGUGAGGUCUCUCUACGAGGAGGAUGUGCUGGCAGAAGACACCAUUCUUCAUUGGUUCCGCAAAGGAACCAACCCCAAGGGCAGGCAAAUAUUUGUGAAAGCGCUGGAGUCUUUCGUGAAAUGGCUGGAGGAAGCAGAGGAGGAAGAGUAGCUGCAGUCACAGCGGCAGUUGAUGACACCACAGCCAAUCUUGUUCCUAUAAAUUACUAUUGCCAGUUGCCUUUCUGCUUAACAAAAAACUCGUUUCCACGUGCCUGCGAAACAUUGAACGCCUGUUGACAAUCAUGAUAUGAUGAAAACUGCAAAUCAUUUGAAGUUUGCAACGAAUAAUUCUCUCUGAUA